UGCAGGGAGAGGGCAAAAAAGCCCAGAAAGGGCUUUAUUCAUUGCAUAAUAAAAAACAAUAUUCAUAAUGUCAAAGAUAUACAGUAUUUAGCAUAUGAUGUAUGUAUGACAUAUUGUGACUUUUUUCAUCAUGGUUCAUAGAUUACUUUGAGACUAUUUUUUUUCACAUCGCCCUACUUUUCUUCUGUAGUCUUCAGAGUGUUUCUGACCAAGGCUCCACCAAAUGAGCACAGUGGGCGCCAAAGGCCCCAGGUUCACUGUGGCAAAGUUUGUAGUAAUUUGAUUUGCUGAUUAAUAUAAACUGAAAUGGAAGGGCUUUAAGCCUCCAUUUGCACCUAAUCUUGGGGUUCUGUCUUGUAGAGGGGCCCUGUGUCAAAUGCCACUUUUAAUAUGUUUAAUAUUUCAGUUGACAUCAUGCACACAUGGUACAUAUUCUCAAAUAACAUUUAUUGUAUUUAUUCAACCUAUAACUCAACUGAGUUGGGGAACACAGGGACCCAAUAGAGGCCCACAGCAUCCUUGGAAACAUUUCAUCGACCCGGGGGUCUGUGGCACAACCUCUCGCAUCAAACGGGUUGAAAUGAAAUAAACCACAGAACAACCAGAUUUACAAAAUUAAUUAAAUAAAAGUAUAAAUUCAUACCCUAACAGUGUUAUAGAGUACUUUUAUAUGCAACCUGAAAGUUAUGUAACUAUCUAACAUUAGGCCAGCAUGGUCAAGCUAAUGCUAUACGCUACACGUUAUACAGAUGAUACUCCUAACUCAUAACGUAUGACUUUGUAAGACUCCUAAAGAAAGACUUUUCAUUUCACUUAAUUUCUUUUCAUGUCCAGGCUGCCAGCCAGGGCAGGAGUAAUGCAGCAUUCAAGGUUGUAUUCCAGCACACCAGGAGUGCAGCCUGUUGGACUUUCUGAGAUGGUCUUUUUAAUGAAUUCAUAUAUAGUCGCAUGUGUAUUAAUUAAUAUAUAUAUAUUAAUAUAUACUAAUUACUCUUAUAAUUGAUUUUACGUUAAAAAGUUGAUCAGAACAGAUGUGCGCAGGAAUUCUGGAAUAUCGAGUGGUUGUGCUUAGCCCUGAUGUCAACAUGAAGAUUGGUGAAAUUCUUGCAAGACAGUUAUUCGCAGAACAUGUCAGGAUAUAGAAACUGAAUAUGUCUUUAAAGUUGAAGACUGCACUUUGAGACAUCUACGUUGCGACCUGACGUCUCUUCAACUUUCAUUUCGGCUAUAUAUGUCAACCCCCGAAUGUUUUUUUCGACGUCGAAAUGUUUGCUGGGUUACUUUUAGCGCCAGGGCAAGCAAGUAGGUUAAUCCAGCCCUGCGUCAGACUCAGUCCACCAGUCCCGUGGUCCAGUCCAGAUUCCAGUCCUUUAUGAUCCACUCCUUUAUAUCCGUCGUCCCCUCUCUGAAUGCAGCGCUGUGAUUGGAUGCUGGCUGCUUGUCAGGAAGAAAGAGCUGCUGUGUUGAGGCCGAAAACUCAGACACCAGCAGAACCUGGACGACACUGGGGGACCUCCGUGGAAGAGAUAUAUACUCUACUGGACACUCGGAAGGCAUUUUUAACUAGCUGAGCUCUAGCGGAGCACCGAGCGAGUCUCCGUGCUCCUGCUGUCGAGGCCGCCGCGGUUCUGUUUCUCCCCUCCUGUCGUGUGUCGCUGCCUGCUGCUGGUCACAGUAAUCCAGACCCGCUGCUAUUAAUGAGACUGAAUCUGCUGUGUGGCGACGCGCCCACAAACCUGUCUGAGAUUUAAAUCUUAAUCCGAUCCGGAGGAAACAUAACGGCUCAGCUGUCGAGGCUGGUUGUCGGGGCUAACAGCUGAGGCUGCCGGACCGGUUAAACAUCCCGAUAAAGCUCCAACUACAUGGAACAAGUCAGCGGCGGACCACCGUCUCGUUUUGCGCAAGAACUGUUAUGACUGACCUAUAGAUCGGCUAGUCUCAUUUUGAAGCAGUAGCGUGGGCUUUGUUACUGAGGAUUUAUUUGAUUAAGGCAUCCUAAAAGCAGCGAUUUGACGCCUCUGCAUCAGGAUAAUUUUCCUCCCUAAAUGUGACACGCUCAGAGAGAUGCACCAAAAAGGGACUAAGCUCAAAAUCAGCCCAAACAAGAACCAAACCUUUCACUGUUACGGACAGACAACCGGAGACAAUGGUAAGGUGACUAAGAGAGUUUAUUGCAACACAGUAGUAUCUCGGAGAUGAAUAGAUACAGUCCCUUUUCUUACGGAGGGUUGCGGUGUGUGGGCACUAGGGCGCCACACACCGAAGACGGGGAACACACUGGAACUCCGGACACCGAAGACAGAAGGGAGUCAGGAUUUGGAGACGGCACUCUUUAGAUGCGUCGUGGACAACCGGAGCCGGGAGUAGGAGAAACACACACUGGAGAAGACAGGCGCUGGGAUACCAAGUCCAAUAGGGAGAAUGGUCGAAUACAAGUGGUGUGCCAUGAAUCAGCCUGGACAACAGCUGCUACCCACAUAGAGGUCACUUUACCUCUCUUUCCAUUCGCUUCGGCCCAGAGGAUGCUGGGUAUGUGUCGCGGGCGCAGGAAGUUCCUUGCGGCCUCCCUCGCCCUGCUCUUCAUCCCAGCACUCACCUGGCUUUACCUGUCAGUCGGCAGCUUUCAAGUGAAGCCACUGCCCCUGUCUCCUUUGGAAGCCCAGUCAUCAACGCCGGUGGGCGGAGCCGAGCGGCAGGCCUUAGAGCUGCGGGUCCGGGCAGUGGAGGAAGAGAACCGGGCACUGCGCCGAGAGCUCAGCCGGCCACCCAGGAGCCCGUCUGCACGCCUUCCAAACGGUGGUCACCAUGGUAACCAAAGCCGAACCCAUUCAGAGGAGGGCACUGGCGACAAUGAGGGCCAGAAAGCUGCUGUAGUGGGAAACAGCUCAGACUGUGUGCAGCAGCCAGUGGUGGAUAAGUGUGAGACCAUCCAUGUGGCCAUCGUAUGUGCAGGUUACAACGCCAGUCGAGAUGUGGUGACACUGGUUAAAUCUGUCCUUUUCCACAGGCGGAACCCACUACAUUUCCAUUUCAUCACAGACUCCAUUGCUCAGCAGAUCCUGUCCUCUCUGUUCCAUACCUGGAUGGUUCCUGCUGUCAGAGUCGACUUCUAUGACGCAGAUGAGCUAAAGUCUGAGGUGUCUUGGAUCCCCAACAAACAUUACUCUGGAAUCUACGGCCUGAUGAAGCUGGUGCUCACUAAAACACUGCUGUCUGACCUGCAGAGAGUCAUCGUCCUGGACACAGACAUCACAUUUGCCACUGACAUCGCUGAACUCUGGGCUGUCUUCCACAAGUUCAAAGGUCAGCAGGUUCUGGGUCUGGUGGAGAACCAGAGUGACUGGUACCUGGGGAACCUGUGGAAGAACCAUCGACCUUGGCCAGCUCUGGGCAGAGGCUUCAACACUGGGGUGAUUUUGCUUCUCCUGGAUCGUCUACGGAAGCUGAGAUGGGAGCAGAUGUGGAGGUUGACUGCAGAGAGGGAACUAAUGAGCAUGCUGUCCACCUCCCUGGCAGACCAGGACAUCUUCAAUGCUGUGAUCAAACAGAACCCAUUCCUGGUUCACCAGCUGCCCUGCUUCUGGAACGUCCAGCUGUCCGACCACACCCGCUCCGAGAAGUGCUACAAAGACGUGUCAGACCUCAAGGUGAUCCACUGGAAUUCUCCCAAGAAGCUGCGAGUGAAGAACAAACAUGUGGAGUUUUUUCGGAAUCUCUAUCUAACCUUUCUGGAGUACGAUGGCAACUUGCUGCGGCGAGAGCUGUUCGGCUGUCCCAGUGAGGCCGACCACAACAGUGAGAACCUCCAGAAGACUCUGUCAGAGCUGGAUGAAGAUGAUCCUUGCUACGAGUUUCGUCGAGAGCGAUUCACUGUCCACCGAACGCACCUUUACUUCCUCCACUAUGAGUAUGAACCCAGCUCUGACAACACUGACGUCACUCUAGUUGCCCAGCUCUCAAUGGACAGGCUCCAGAUGUUGGAGGCCAUCUGUAAGCACUGGGAAGGCCCCAUCAGCCUGGCCCUGUACCUGUCCGAUGCUGAGGCCCAGCAGUUUCUGCGCUACGCUCAGGGCUCAGAGGUGCUGAUGAGCCGCGGGAACGUCGGUUACCACAUUGUCUACAAAGAGGGACAGUUCUAUCCAGUCAACUUGCUUCGAAAUGUGGCCAUGCGACAGGUCAACACACCCUACAUGUUCCUAUCAGACAUCGACUUCCUGCCUAUGUAUGGCCUCUAUGAGUACCUCAGGAAGUCAGUGGUGCAGCUGGACAUGGCCAACACCAAGAAAGCUCUGGUGGUUCCAGCCUUUGAGACGCUGCGAUAUCGUCUGUCUUACCCAAAGUCCAAGGCUGAGCUGCUCUCUCAGCUGGACAUGGGCACACUCUUCACCUUCAGGUACCAUGUGUGGACUAAAGGCCACGCACCAACUAACUUUGCCAAAUGGCGGACAGCCACCACGCCCUACAGGGUGCAAUGGGAAGCUGACUUUGAGCCCUACGUCAUGGUGAGGAGGGACAGUCCUGAGUACGACCGCCGCUUUGUGGGCUUCGGCUGGAACAAGGUGGCUCACAUCAUGGAGCUGGAUGCACAGGAGUACGAGUUUGUGGUUCUGCCCAACGCCUACAUGAUCCACAUGCCUCAUGCACCGAGCUUCGACAUCACCAAGUUUCGUUCCAACAAGCAGUACCGGGUCUGCCUCAAGACCCUGAAGGAGGAGUUCCAACAGAACAUGUCGCGACGCUACGGCUUCGCCGCCCUAAAAUACAUGACGGCUGAGAACAACAGCUAGCCACCACUGCAGACCCUCACACACCCGGCCUUGAACUACUGACUCACUCUAGGAGAAGACUACAGGAAACGGGUACUUUAAGACUUGAGUCCCUCAGACUUUGUUAGAAGGUUUGAGCAUCAAUGUGGGACUGCAAGGGUCUUUAUGUCCAUUCUUUGUCCUCUGCAAAGGAGGAAGGAUGGAAGAGAUAAUCCAGGAGGAGAUCACUUCUGCCAGGAUGUAAAAGCUGUGACAACAUGAGUGACUGCUAGGCUCAGGCCCUGGCUAUGUGGGCCCCGAGCUCUCGGCCCUGAAAUCUGACAUACAGCAGGCAAUCAAUGCCUUGCCAUAUUUGUAAGACCAGUGACAGAGUUAUGGGCAGCGUGUAACAUUAUGUAUAUGUAUGUGUGUGUGUGUGUGUGUGUGUGUGUGUGUGUGUGUGUGUGUACAUGCAGGUAGAUGAAAAGUGUGACUGUUUGUGUGUUACUCCAGGACAGCACUUAGCAAAAAGCUUAAGGAGAGCUCAAGAUGUGAAACAUUGUGGGCUUACAUUCUGUUUGCAAGCCUUCCAAGUGCCAACAAAAAGCAGCAGCAGUUUGACUGACAGCACACCCCAAAUCAAAUGCAAAUCGUCACCAGGUGGCAAGAUAAGACAAAGCGGUAAACAUGUCCACACAGAGUUUGAAAAUCACAUGGUGAUGAGUGACACACACUCAGAUAUUGAGGCGAGCAGCCAGUCAGCCGACCAUCUGUUGCUGCUUAAUUUGUUUGAUAGCUGAUAGAGAUCCGAAUAAAUCCUCCUUCUCCUCGUAUAACAAGGGAAGUUAAGUGCAAGGAUGGCUGGAGGUCGUCCAUGCGCUUGAUAUUCAGGGUAUCUCCACAUCAGCCUGAGCGUGCUGCUAGAGAUUGUUUCCAGUGUUUUGUUACGACUACAGAAUCUGACAGCAGGUGGUGCAGUGUGCUUUUUUGGUGUAUUUUAAAUUAAUGCCAGUUCAUUCUGCACAAACACCUGCUGGAAGUCCUGUUGGUUUGUGAAGCUGCCACCCCACCACACUGAGCAGCACAAGGCGAAGCACCAAUCAGUAUUAUUUAUCAGUGUGUUUACAGUCCUGAUGGGUGGAGCAGGGAGUGGUAGUUUCUCCUCCACACACCGUCAGGAGGAGGGCAGAAAGGAGAGUUUAAACUGAAAAUCAACCACUUGCAGUCAGGAAGGAGAGAGUCACAGACACUCUUUCUUUCUCACUCUUUCAUUCACACUCUGGCCUCUACAACAUUAUAGUGACAUCUGAUAAUGCUGGUGGUGUGUGUUCUCCUGUUUGUGUUGUCGUGCUGGGUGUGGUGAUCCUGACGUGGGUGUGUUAUGAAUAGUCUGCCUAGUCUGUUCAGCUCUUACUACUACUGCAGCCCCUGUAACAGACACCUAACAAACAAAUCUCAAACCAGUCACUAUAAUAUUAUACUGAUACCAUAUGAUAAUCUAACUAUCAUAAACUCACUGUUGAGUAUCUACAUCAGGAUUUAUGUUACUAUAUGAUAAGAUAAAUUCAAACUAAAGUCAGAUAAAGUCAUGAAAGGAAUACAGGUAACAGAGAAAUAUCACAAGCUAUUGUAGGCAUAUUUUUAGAUAUGAUAGUGAUGUCAGAAGUUACAUUAAAGAAUGUAAUGUUAAUCUCACUGUGAGUCCUGACAGGGAUAUCAUAGAAUUAUGAUACAGGGCUUGAAAUGAUAAACUAAAAAUCCAGAUAUGAUCUCAAUCCGGUAACAAAAACACCAGAAGAACUUUUGCACUUUAGCAGUUUAGUUACAACAGUAACAUCUUAGUUAGCUAACAAAUAUCAUCUUUUAUCAUCUUUAUGGGCUCUCGUUCAUUGAGAAAUAUAAUAAAUAAAAAACAUUCACACAAAUUGUGUGUUACAAUUGAAAACUCUGGAAAAAUCAAAUAAGUGGACCUUGAGUUGGGAUUGUUUUGUCAAAGUACUAUUUCCAAGGUCAAGAAUGAGCUUUUAUACUUAAUUUUAAGCCAACAUAGAUGAGAAGUCCUAAAAGCUUACAUGUCAACAAAUUCAUCUCCUUGACAACUGAGCAAACUCAAUCUGAUGAUGAAGACCCUGUGAUAUGAUUGAAAGCUCUAGAAAAAAUAGUAAAUGGACCUUGAGUUGAAAUUAUUUUGUCAAAUAAAUUUCACGUUUAGGCUUAUUCUUAUAUAUUUUGGAUUCAUGUGGAAAUGGAAUUAGUUAUUAAAUACACCACUUGAGAAACAACAAGACUUUUCCUUAUUUUUAAGAUGUCGUAACAAGUGUUUCCCUUCAGAUUUCUGUCUUAGUCAAGUCAAAUUUAUUUAUAUUGCACAUUUCAUACAAUGUAAACUCAAUCUCUUUCACACACAAUAACGGUUAAUACAUACCAUUGUGAAACUAGAGGCCUCUCUCUCUAUUUCUUACUCUCUCUCUCCCAGUUAUGACAGUAGUCUGUACAGGAAAGCUGCAGAAGGGCUCGGUGCAGUCAUGCAGGUGUGUGUGUGUGUGUGAGAGAGAGAGAAUACGCUAUGUGUCUGAUUGUACAUGUAUGUUCAGGAUGCAGAUGUGUGUGUGUGUGUGUGUGUAUGUGUGUGAGAGAGAGAGAGAGAGACGUUUGACUUGGUUCUGAAUUUGUGUUCGUCUUUGUAGGGCUGGGAGGAGCUGCAGCGUGUAAUUAGGACAGUGUUGACUGUUGCUGCUACCUGAAUAAAAGCAAAGAGUCAAACGCU